AUGUAUUCUUGCUCUGCUGAUGUCUGUCACGGUGUUACAGACGAAAGCUUAGCACAUGUUCAUCGGGGUCGCAGGACGGUGAGCCGAGGACUUCUUCGAACAACUCAACAGUCUUCCUUACGCGGCAAUCCUCCUUCGGCUUCCGAUAAGACCACAUCACGAAUUCCUUCCCACCAACUUUCCAUUCGAAAUGGAGAGUUAGAGACUUUACGAAUUCGCUCCGUCUCCAUGGUGCCAGCUUAUUUUUCCAAGUUCUUCAGUAUUGUCGCAAGUUAUUUUGCUCGUGAGAUGCUUGUGCACAUGAACUGUACAUCAGAACUCUCCAAACUGGUGCUCUUUAGCAACGUUCGUCAGUCUAUAUGUUGGUCCGUGUUUUUGUUGACUACUAGUCCCAAAGCUUCUCUUUCUGUCUGUACCCUUGGCAAACAGUAUACUGCUGGGGCUCUUGUCUACUUUCGUAGCAGCGAAUUCAAUGUCCAUUUGUUGAUCUUUCCUUUACCAUUCAUUCCAAAUAACACAUCUUGCAGUUUCUUAUGUCUAUUCUUUCCUGUCCAUCACCACUUUUGCAUCUCCUUUGUCGACGUACAGGAUUAUUUGUUCGUUUCUUCUCAAUUCUUUAUAUAUCCUGGUUAG